CACAUCAGCAACUCGUCCUGUGCUUUUGCAAUCAAGCUAACGAUGUUAUCAGAAAUCUUUCUAGUGGCCUCUUUGUCGCUCCUCGGUCCAGCUCUAGCCCAGAGCGUGGACGGCUCACAAUACAAUAAUCCAACAGCUGGUCCCCCAGCGAGCUACUUUGCUGCUGCAACAACUGUCCCUGUGGCCGCGUUGCAAAGCGCUGCUGCUAAGGCAAGCACAGCUGCAAAAGAUGCAACCUAUCCCAUCAACAGUGAUAGCGGUGCGAAGAGGGUGACGAUUCACAGUGAUUGGUCUAAGUUUAGUGAAGGUGCCGCAUUUGUCUGGAUCGCCGACAUGGAUGUCGACUGUGAUGGAAUCGACUACAAGUGCAAGGGAAAUCCAGAUGGACAAUCACAGACUAACUUUGGUUCUCUUGCUGCUUACGAAGUUCCGUUUAUCGUGAUUCCAGAUGCUUUCGGCACGACCUAUCAGAGUGUCCUACCAGGAAACAACGUCGGAGCAGUCAUUUGCAACGGCAACAUGUUCUACGGUAUCUACGGCGACUCGGAUGGUGAUGACCCAGAGGUCAUUGGAGAGGCUUCAUGGCUCAUGGCUCGAACUUGCUUCCCCAACGAUGAUCUCAAUGGGAACAGUGGCCACGGCGCUGCUGAUGUUACCUAUAUCCUGUUCACUGGCAGUGAUUCCGUACUCCCUAGCACCGCUCUAAAUAAGAACUAUAUCACCAACUUCAGUACCUUGCGCUCAAUGGGAGAUAAGCUCAUGACAGCGCUUGCGAAGAAUUUGAACCUCGUCUCAGGGGGAUCAGGUGGUUCGAGCGCGUCCUGUUCAUCCAACGAUGACUGCUCCGACAAUCUAGUUUGCACGAAUGGAAAGUGUGCUUCUGGGUCUAGCAGCGGAUCAUGCUCAUGGGUCGGCCAUUGCGCAGGUGCGUCCUGCUCAUCUGGUGAUGACUGCUCGGGCGACUUGAUAUGUACCAACGGAAAGUGCGCGAGCCUUUGA